CCAGGCCCGCGGGGCUCGAGGGCUCGCCGCCCGGACCCGGCGCCGCCGGAGCAGACCGAGCCAUGUGGACCUUCCUGGGCAUCGCCACCUUCACCUAUUUUUAUAAGAAAUGCGGGGACCUGGUCACCCUGGCCAACAAGGAGCUGCUGCUGUGCGCGCUGCUGUUCCUGUCGCUGGGCCUCGUGCUGUCCUACCGCUGCCGCAGCCGCCGCCAGGCGCCCCCCCGCCGCCCGCCCCGCCGCGCCCGCCCCGCCGUGUCCGCGGUCCUGUCGGCGCUGCCUUUCAUCGGCUUCUUGUGGGCCCGGUCCCCGCCGGGGUCGGAGAAAAAGGAGCAGCUCGGAUCUAGGAGGUGCAGAAAAGGACCUAGCACUUCUGAACCAGCCUUAAUAGGAUCCACUGCCUCUACAGCUACUACUUCUCAGCAUGAUCCAGAAGUGAUCAUCGUGGGAUCUGGGGUACUUGGGUCUGCUUUGGCAGCGGUGCUUUCCAGAGAUGGCAGGAAGGUGACAGUAAUUGAGAGAGACUUAAAGGAGCCUGACAGGAUACUUGGAGAAUUUCUGCAGCCCGGUGGUUAUCAUGGCCUUAAAGAGCUUGGUCUUGAAGAUACAGUGGAAGGUAUAGAUGCCCAUGUUAUAAAUGGCUACAUAAUUCAUGACCUGGAUAGCAAAUCAGAGGUUCAGAUUCCUUUUCCUCUGUCAGAAAACAAUCAAGUGCAGAGUGGAAGAGCUUUCCAUCAUGGAAGAUUCAUCAUGAGUCUCCGGAAAGCAGCGAUGGCAGAACCCAACACAAAGUUUAUUGAGGGCACGGUGCUUCAGCUGUUAGAGGAAGAUGAUGCCAUCUCGGGAGUUCAGUACAAGGAUAAAGAAACUGGAGACCUCAAGGAACUCCACGCUCCACUGACUAUUGUUGCAGAUGGACUUUUUUCCAAGUUUAGGAAAAACCUGAUCUCCAGUAAAGUUUCGAUUUCAUCUCAUUUUGUUGGCUUGCUUAUGAAGGAUACACCACAGUUUAAAGCAAAUCACGCCGAACUUGUUUUAACGGAUUGGGGGCCAGUUCUCAUCUACCAGAUCUCAUCUAAUGAAACUCGAGUGCUUGUUGACAUUCAAGGAGAAUUGCCAAGGAACUUAAGAGAAUACAUGGCUGAGAAAAUUUACCCACAAUUACCUGAUCACCUGAAAGAAACCUUCCUAGAAGCCCUUCAGAAUUCUCGUUUGAGACCUAUGCCAGCAAGCUUCCUUCCUUCCUCACCAAUAAACAAACGAGGUGUCCUCCUCCUGGGAGAUGCAUACAAUAUGAGGCACCCUCUUACCGGAGGAGGAAUGACUGUUGUUUUUAAAGAUAUAAAACUAUGGAGAACAUUGCUAAUGGGUAUUCCUGACCUUUAUGAUGAUGCAGCUGUUUUGCAGGCCAAAAAAUCAUUCUAUUGGGCAAGAAAAACAUCUCAUUCCUUUGUUGUGAAUGUCCUUGCUCAGGCUCUUUAUGAAUUAUUUUCUGCCAGAGAUGAUUCCCUGCAUCAACUAAGAAAAGCGUGUUUUUACUAUUUCAAACUCGGCGGAAACUGUGUUGCUGGUCCUGUGGGGCUGCUUUCUGUACUGUCUCCUAACCCGCUGGUUUUAAUUGGACAUUUCUUUGGUGUUGCAUUCUACGCCACAUAUUUUUGCUUUAAAUCUGAACCUUGGAUUACAAAACCUCGAGCCAUUAUCAGUAGUGGUGCUGUGUUCUACAGAGCGUGUUCUGUAAUAUUUCCUCUGAUUUACUCAGAAAUUAAGCACUUGAAUCAUUAAUCUUAACGGGGAACCAUUUCUGAAUAUUUGGAACUCACAGGGUCCUAGGAGACUUUUGGAAGAGGAUGUGUAUAGCGUAGUAAUAUACCACUUCCAAAGUGGAAACUCUGGGACCAAGAUUGGGAUUGUUUUUGAAGUUUUUUGUAUAUAAACAUGUAAAUAUAUACUUUGAUUUACAAUUUUAAAAUGAAGGGUAAAAUCAGUAGAUAUUUAAAAGAAAUGAUUGUUUCCAUAAAUUCGUGCUAACACUGAGGAAGUGCAGGUUUGUGGGUUUUUUUUUUUUUUUAAUUCAUUAUUUGGGGUGAGUCGUGGUAUAUGCAAAUAAAAUGAAGAA